UGUCUUGGUUACCCCCUCAGUAUCUUCUUCAUUGUGGUCAAUGAGUUCUGUGAAAGAUUCUCCUACUAUGGAAUGAGAGCGCUGCUGGUUCUGUACUUCCGGAACUUCAUCGGCUGGGAUGACAACCUGUCCACAGCCAUCUACCACACGUUCGUGGCCCUGUGCUAUCUGACGCCAAUUCUGGGAGCUCUUAUUGCUGACUCGUGGCUGGGAAAGUUCAAGACGAUUGUAUGGCUCUCCGUUGUCUACACCAUCGGGCAAGCAGUGAUCUCAGUGAGCUCAAUCAGUGCCCUCACAGGCCAAAGCCAGGAUGGAACCCCUAACAGCCUCCCAGUGCAUGUGGCACUGUCCAUGAUCGGCCUGGCCCUGAUAGCACUUGGUACGGGAGGAAUCAAGCCCUGCGUGUCAGCAUUUGGUGGUGAUCAGUUUGAAGAAGGCCAGGAAAAACAAAGGAACAGAUUUUUCUCCAUCUUUUACUUGGCCAUUAAUGCUGGAAGUUUGCUUUCUACGAUCAUCACUCCCAUACUCAGAGUUCAACAAUGUGGAACCCAAACUUCUUGUUACCCACUGGCCUUUGGAGUUCCUGCUGCUCUCAUGGCUGUAUCCCUGAUUGUAUUUGUCAUUGGCAGUAAGAUGUACAAGAAAUUUCAGCCACAAGGGAACAUAAUGGGAAAAGUAGUCAAGUGUAUUGGCGGGUCCAGGUGGACGCUGCAAGCAACCACUAUGACUGGGAGAAUUGGAAGUAUUGAAAUCCAGCCGGAUCAGAUGCAGACUGUGAACGCCAUCCUCAUCGUGAUCAUGGUCCCCAUCAUGGAUGCCCUAGUGUACCCUCUCAUUGCCAAGUGUGGCUUCAAUUUCACCUCUCUAAAAAAGAUGACCGUUGGGAUGUUCCUGGCUUCCAUGGCCUUUGUGGUGGCUGCAAUUGUGCAGGUGGAAAUUGAUAAAACUCUUCCAGUCUUCCCCGGAGCUAAUCAAGUCCAAAUUAAAGUCUUGAAUAUAGGAAAUGAUAACAUGAAUGUAUAUUUCCCUGGAGAGACAGUGACACUGGGCCAAUUCUCUCAAACAAAUGAAUUUAGGACUUUCGAAGCAGACCAAGUCACAAGCAUAAACAUUUCUACUGGGUCACCUGUCACUGAAGUAGUGCAUAAGUUUGAGCCAGGCCACCGCCACACCCUUCUCGUGUGGGCCCCCAAUCACUACCGUGUGGUAAAGGAUGGGCUUAACAAGAAGCCAGAUAAAGGAGAAAAUGGAAUCAGAUUUGUAAAUGCUUUUAACGAGGUAAUGAACAUCGAAAUGAGUGGGAAAGCAUAUGAAAAUAUCACGAGUCACAACGCCAGCGAGUAUCAGUUCUUUCCUUCUGGCAAGAAAACCUUCACAGUAAGCUCAGCAGAGAUUCCACAAGACUGUCCACGUGUCUUUCAGUCUUCCAACCUUGACUUUGGCAGUGCUUUUACUUAUGUGAUCAGAAGGGAGAGUAACGGCUGCCCAGGAGAGCUGGAGUUUGAAGACAUCCCCCCCAACACAGUCAGCAUGGCUCUGCAGAUCCCGCAGUACUUCCUGCUCACCUGCGGCGAGGUGGUCUUCUCCGUCACGGGACUGGAGUUCUCCUAUUCCCAGGCUCCAUCCAACAUGAAGUCCGUGCUUCAAGCAGGCUGGCUGCUGACGGUGGCCGUGGGGAACAUCAUUGUGCUCAUCAUAGCCGGGGCAGGACACUUCAGUAAACAGUGGGCUGAGUACAUUCUAUUUGCGGCUUUGCUCCUGGUCGUCUGUGUGAUAUUUGCCAUCAUGGCUCGAUUCUACACUUAUGUCAACCCAGCAGAGAUUGAAGCUCAAUUUGAUGAGGAUAAGAAGAAGAAUGCAGAAAACAACAACCUGGGUUCCACAUCGGAGCCUGUCUCCCAGACCAGGAUGUGAAGGGCAUUUGGCAAGGGCAAAAUGAACUGCACCCAGCCUGGGCCCUGACCUCUGUCCCCAGGUGGCAGGUUGCUCCGCUGAAUGAAUGGCCUUUGAUGGGGAAGACUUAUUGUGAACCAAACCAAGAAAUCAAUUUUAUAAGCAGUCAUCGACGAAUCUGAAACUCUAGAUAAAGUCUUUUUUUUAAGUCUUAUUUAAAGCUUCUUUUUUUAACACUAACAGCUUAUAUCUCUCCUGUCAUACAAAUGAGCUUAGUUUGGACUAACUUAAUUGGGAGAGGGCUCCAUAUUGUUUUUGUUCUAACACUGUGGUGAAAACAAUAUUGAAUGUGGCAGGAGCCAAUGCCAAAAAUGACCUCACAGGAAUAGUAAAUACAAGCUAGUAGUAACUGAUAACUUAAAGAUUCCUUUAUUUUCCCAACCUCUACCUCUUUUUAAAUUAUGUAUGACUAAAAGCCACACAAGUGAA